UUUGGAGUGGUCUUCGGGGGUUCGCCGCCAAUUGACGUUAUCGUAUCAGUACUGAUUAGAUCGACCCACCCAAAUAUUGAUUCCAGUAUAAAAGGUUCCACUCACCUCCCGACAUAUCCGCAUUUCUCCACUUCACCCCAUCACUACAAUAUUCUCUCAACCAACAUGGUCAGAGUCGGCAUCAAUGGGUAUGUUUUCGGUCGUAUUGGCCGCAUCGUCAUGCGUAAUGCCCUCGAGAACCAGGACAUCGAGGUCGUCGCCAUCAAUGAUCCUUUCAUUGAAUUGGACUACAUGGUUUACAUGUUCAAGUACGACACCGUCCACGGUCGCUUCAAGGGUGACGUCCGCACCGAGGACGGAAAGCUCUACAUCAACAACAAGCCUAUCCACGUUUUCGGAGAGCGGGAUCCGAGCAACAUCAAGUGGGGUUCGGUCGGCGCUGAUUACAUCGUCGAGUCCACUGGUGUCUUCACCACCAUCGACAAGGCCUCUUCUCACUUGAAGGGUGGCGCAAAGAAGGUCAUCAUCUCCGCCCCUUCGGCUGACGCACCUAUGUUUGUCUGCGGUGUCAACCUCGACGCUUACGACUCCAAGUACACCGUGAUCUCUAACGCCUCUUGCACAACCAACUGUCUCGCGCCCCUCGCCAAGGUGAUCGACGACAACUUCGGCAUUGAGGAGGGUCUCAUGUCAACCAUCCACGCGACGACAGCUACUCAGAAGACUGUCGACGGUCCUUCCAACAAGGACUGGCGUGGUGGUCGUGCUGUCAACAACAACAUUAUCCCGUCCUCCACGGGUGCUGCCAAGGCAGUCGGCAAGGUCAUUCCUUCCCUGAACGGCAAGCUCACUGGUCUUGCAUUCCGUGUGCCGACUUUGGAUGUAUCCGUCGUCGACCUCGUCGUGCGCCUCAAGAAGCCUGCCACCUAUGAUGACAUCAAGAAGGCAGUGAAGACCGCCGCUGACGGCCCUCUGAAUGGCGUGCUCGCCUACACCGACGAAAACGUCGUCUCGACGGACUUCCUCGGUCACCCUGCAUCGAGCAUCUUCGAUGCCAGUGCUGGUAUCAUGCUCAACUCGCAGUUCGUGAAGUUGAUCUCAUGGUACGACAACGAGUGGGGCUACUCGAAGCGUGUGUGUGACUUGCUUGUAUAUGCUGCCAAGAAGGACGGGGUCAACUAAAGGGAAUGUGAAUACCGGUAGUUUGAGGUUUUACCAUACAAAACAAAUGUUGUAUUUCUUUAUGAACAUAGUGACGCCGUCAUAGAUCCGCUUA